AGCAGUAAAAUUAUAAGAAAAAAUGCCACAAAACCUGAAACAAUAUGUGCACAGAUAUAAAGCACCCCCAAGAGGGAAAUAUGCCGCAUAAUUUUGCUUGCACGCCCAACGCUUGUUGCUCAACAGAGAUUAGUGAAACGCAUGUGAUUUUAUAAAAGUAGUCUAUCAGCUCCACCUGUAACAGUGAGCUGAAUAGCUGUGGGAGCAACACUGGUGGAAACAUGGCGACAGGCUGCGCUUGGUUCCUGGUGCUGGGCUCCGUGUUUCUCUGCAAUCUCAUGAAAAUACUCCUGCCUAGCAUUUCAUCUUUCCUGACAAAGAUGGUGCAGAAAGAUGCCGAGCAGGAGAGUGAGAUGAGGACUGAAAUCCAGCAGAUGAAGAAGGAGCAGUCCUCCAUAAGCAUGAUGGAUGAGUUUGCAAGAUAUGCCAGGCUGGAGCGUAAAAUUAACAAAACUACAGAUAAGCUUAAGACACAUGUGCAGUCGAGAACCGCUCAACAAGCCAAAAUGAAAUGGGUUGUGAACAUCGUCUUUUACAUUCUGCAGGCUGCUCUGAUGGUCUCACUGAUAUGGAAGUAUUACUCUGAUCCAGUGACUGUGGUCCCCAGUAAAUGGAUCGCUCCUGUGGAGCGACUAGUGGCUUUCCCAACAGGAGUGGCAGGUGGCGUGGGAAUCACUUGCUGGCUGGUGGUUUGCAACAAAGUAAUCACACUGGGCCUCAGUACCAUCAGUUAGAGAACUCGGCUGUCUGCACAUCUUCUUGGAAAUGAAUUUGGUGUUUAACAUGAAGAUAAGGCUGCUCUCCAACUGCAGUAUUAAUUUAUUAUUAUUGUAACAUUGUGUUUUCUAUUUUUGUUGAAUGAAUGUUUUGAUUUCUUACCAACUGGAUAGAAUUGUGACAUUUUCUUUUUUUUCCUUUUUUUUUUAAAUAAACUAUCAAAAACAAAUUUUGAAUUUUCCAAGUUGGGAAACAUCCAGCAAAAACAACUCUGAUAGUUUUUGUUUAGUUCCAAAAAUAUUGGUCUGAACAGCUUUUUCUUUUCUUUUUUUUUUUAAGUCAAAACAUAAGAAAUUCGAUUUGUUAUUUUUUAAAACCUUUGAAAACAAAGCUUUCAUCACUGCUGUGAGAUUUUAUCUGACAAAACUGACUGUAAGAUGCUGUGGUUCGUUUGAAGAUUCUUAAUCUCACUACAAAAGAUUUCUCUUGCGUAUUGAGAAGUCAUUGUGUCUGCUCUGCUAUAACGUAUGUCACUAUGCAAGUUCUGACUGACUGGGUUGAGCUGUGCAUUCAUUUUUAUUUGACGUGGUUGCAUUCAGAGUUGUUUCUAAAACAUUGGCCAAUUAAAUUUUAUCUUCUGUUUCCUUCUCUUAUAGCUGCUGUAAAGUUUCUAAAGCCUUGGCUUCUUUGUCGUUCGGCUAGGUGUUCUAGACUCUCAUCUCGGUUUUCUUCCCAAUAGUUUUUCUCAAUAUCUUCUUUGAAAAAUACCUGAAAAAACAGAUUUAUGUCAGCUUGAUAAAAUAUUUUUACUACCCAUUUUACAACUAGCACAAUGCUUACCUCUUGGUGAUCGUCUUCUAAUACAGUGUUUUCAGAAAUGUUUCUUUUUGGACUUUCAGCAAGCAACACUCUUGCAGAUGAUGGUUAUAAUGCUGAAAUGAUAAACAGAUAACAGGGCAUGGAUGAUCACAGGAACUUUAAAUAGGCAUGAUGGAUUUAUAAAAUAUCCAAUUUCCUUGAUAACAUGAAGCAUAAAUCAACAAAUUAGAGCAAACUGCAUGCAACAUACCUGCAGAUACAAAACUUGAUGUUUAAUUACUCAAGACUCUGGUGUUCAAGACUCCUUAUGUGCCAAAACAUCUCUCUUCGAUAGAUCUGAUGAUGUUUGGACAAAUCUAUCCGUCUGCACCAUCUUAUUCUCUUUAGCUACAAUUAUAAGUUCAUGCAGCUGAAGUCACAAGCAGCUAGAAAGCAUAACUAACCUUUGUCAAAGUAGCUUAUUUGUGCACUUUACCUUUUUUGCUGUGUCCUUUAACCAUUCUGUGGUAGUAAAUAUUAUGUUUCUGCACUUCUUUUUCUCUGAGCUAUUUCAGAAAAAAAUAAAUAAAUCAAAAGUUGUGUAUUAUACAUAGCUAUGGAGGCAAGAGUGACAUCUCAGCACACAGUAUCAUUUCAGUAGUCAUUUCAGUAAUUCAAUUUAAAAAGUAAAAUUCGUAUACAAAGAAAAGUAUGUUUUGAGUUUUUGUUUCUGGUAAUGUUAACAAAACUCCCAAGUUUUCAAAGUCAGUGACAGUUUGGGGAGCCACUUCAUCUGUUUAUGUUGGUGCACUAUUGUCUAGUCCAAAGUCAGAGCAGCAAUCUACCAGGAAAUUGUAGAGCACUUCAUGCUUCUUUGUGCUGACAAGCUUUAAAGAGAUGCUGGUUUCAAUUUCCAACAGCACCCUGUACCCUCUCAUACUGCAAAAGGUACCAAUAAUUACUAAUAGUCAUGUUAUCAUUGUGAUUGAUUUGUCAGCAAACUCGCCUGAAUUAAACCUGAUAGAGAAACCUA